AUGGCUUGGAGAAGAUCAUCAAAUUGGUGGAAUCUAACGUUGAUUGGAAAGUUUGGGAUUUUUUUUCUUGCUAUAGCUUUAGUAUCUGUUUCAGCAAAAGAAAGUUUGGAGCCACAAUCUUCAUCAAGUCAGAAAUAUGGGAAAGAGGUUGAAUCUAAUUACUUAAUCAGAACUGAAAAAUCGCAUACUGGUGGAGUAUUGCGUUAUAAGCAUGUUUGGCCUGGAAUAAGAUUUGGCUGGAAAGUUGUGGUUGGUACACUACUUGGAUUUUUUGGAGCAGCAUUUGGAAGUGUGGGAGGUAUUGGAGGGGGUGGCUUUUAUGUUCCAAUGCUCACUCUCAUUAUUGGCUUUGAUCAAAAAUCGUCAACAGCAGUAUCAAAAUGUAUGAUCACCGCUGGAGCAGUUGCAACUGUCUUGUACAAUUUAAGGCUAAGGCGUCCAACUCUCGAGUUGCCACUCAUCGACUAUGAUCUUGCCCUAUUAUUCCAACCAAUGUUAAUUUUGGGAAUCAGCAUUGGAGUUUCUUUGAAUGUUGUUCUUCCUGAAUGGUUGAUUACCAUCUUAGUAAUUGUCGUUCUCUUAGGCACAUCAAUUAAAUCCAUCUUCAAAGGCGUUGACACAUGGAAGAAAGAAACUAAAACAAAAAAGGCUUUACUGGAUGCUUCCAAAUGCUUGGAAUUACAAGGGAGAACCGAUACUCCUAGUGGUGCAAGAAAUAACCCAGCAGAAACCAAUCAAGCUGAAAGAGAGGUUUCUGUUCUUGAAAAUGUGUAUUGGAAGCAACUUGGAAUUAUUGCUACUGAGUGGCUCAUAAUACUUGGAUUGCAGAUUGCCAAGAAUUAUGUGACAAUUUGUUCGGUGGCAUAUUGGUCAUUAGAUCUCUUACAGAUUCCGGUGGUUGUUGGACCAAGUUCAUAUCAGGCAAUCAAACUAUACCAAGGGCAGAGAGUAGUUGCAUCUCAGGGAUCAGAAACAGGUGCAAACUGGACAAUCUACAAGCUUGUUUUUUAUUGUGCCAGUGGAAUAGCAGCAGGGAUAGUUGCUGGACUGCUUGGUCUUGGUGGAGGUUUUAUUAUGGGCCCACUCUUUUUGGAGAUGGGUAUCCCUCCUCAGGUGUCAAGUGCCACAGCCACCUUUAUCAUGACAUUCUCUUCAUCCAUGUCAGUGGUAGAAUACUACCUCCUGAAACGAUUUCCGAUUCCCUAUGCUCUGUACUUUGCUGGUGUGGCUACUGUUUCUGCGAUCAUCGGGCAACAUGUAGGAGAGAAAGUUAUUAAAGCAUUGGGAAGAGCAUCUUUGAUCGUCUUCAUUCUAGCUUUCACAGCAUUUGUGAGUGCACUCUCAUUAGGAGGAGUAGGCAUAGCACAUUUGGUUACAAAGAUUCAGCACAAGGAGUACUUGGGGUUUGAGAAUAUGUGCGCUCAUAAAUCCUAAUCUUCUUAACUCUUUACAAGCUCUAUGACCGCCUCCUUUGCUCCACAGCAUCAAAAUUCUUCCCGCACUUGAUGUACAACUGAUAUCAAACUUAUGACUUAUAGGUAUUACUUAUUAGAAGAAUAUACUAUUCCCAAUUAAGUACUAAAUUCAAGAUCGAUCUAGUUUAUCAUUGGUGUUGUGUGACA